AUGCAUUCAUUUUUUAACAAGUUCAUUACACGAAACAACUCGCUUAUCCAAUUUGUCAAACAAUACGAUAAUUGCCUUGGAAGUAGGGAGCAAGCAGAGAGAGAAUCAGAUGCUGCAGAUUUUCAUACGGUCAUACCGUGUGCAACAAAAUCUUCCAUUGAAGCUCAGUUUCAACAUGUGUACACUCACCAAAAGUUUAGGGAAGUCCAAGCACAAUUAAGAAGAAAGGCGAAUUGCAUCACAAGAUUAACGAACUCCGCUCUAGGCUAUUCAGUAUAUGAAGUUGGAGAACAAGUUUCCAGCUCAAUAUUCAACAAGUUUGUGGUUACUUACAACUCAGUAGCAGCCCAAGUGAAAUGUCAAUGCUCAUUAUUCGAGUCAAGAGGCAUAUUGUGCCAUCACGCACUAAGCGUGUUAAGCUUUAAACGAGUAACCCAACUGUCACCGAGAUAUAUAUUGGAACGAUGGAGCAAGAAGGGAAAUAGGCAACUCACACACAUCAAGAGCAGCCAUGACGAGCCACUGUUGGAGCCAAGAAGCAAGAGGUUUGACGAAUUGGUAUUUUGUUCGCAAAAUAUUUGUGAAUUUACAUCAAAAUCGGAGGAGUUAACUGCCAUUCUGCACCGUGCGUAUGGUAACAUCAUGGUUGAGAUGGGAGAACUGAAAGCCAAAAGGAAGGGGACAUGUUUGUUAUCUCACGAAGAUGCCAACUUGGAAUCCAUUAACGAGCUUCAAAGCCCUCCAAGGGUUCGAACAAGAGGACGUCCAAAAAAUAGGCUAGGUUCAAAGUUGGACAAACAGAUUGAAAAUGUCUCAAAGAAGAAGAAAACGAAAGCUUUAAACGAGUUAAACCUCUUUGAUGCUGUAUCAGUGGUGCAUCCAAAUUCCAGCCAAUAUCAAGGACAUGUUAUGAAUUAUCAGUUCAGGAAACUAGCAGUAGGGGAUAGUUUUUUGGGUGUAUAG